AUGCAGGCGGCUCUCGGCGCUGCGGCCACGCUCCUCGGCAAGGUGUUGACGACGCUGUCCGUCGUCCCGGUGGCGGCGUACGUGGACAGCCUUCAGCUCGGCCACAACUCGGAGCAGAUCAAGGACAAGCUGCUGCACACGCAAGGCCUCCUGCACAACGCCCAGCUCCAGGGGAGCCACGUCGGCGACAACCCUGGCCUCCAGGGGUUGCUGGAGAAGCUGAGCAGGGACGCCGACCAGGCCGAGGGCUUGCUGGAUGAGGUCCACUACUUUCAGAUCCAUGACAAGCUCCACGGCACCCACUACGCCACCACCCAAGAUCUCCAAGGCCUUCUCCGCCAUCAAGCUCUCCACGCCGAUAGUGCUCUUCGCCACUUGUUCCCGUGCUUUUCUCGCUCGCCCUGUACACCACCCAAGACCAAGAGGAAUGGUGGUGAUGCUGCUGCUGCUGCUGUUGCCGGUGUCACCAACUCCAACUCUGCUACUGCCCAAGAUGGUGAUGCGCUGCUGCAUUUUGACAGAGUGUCCAUCUCCAGACAAAUCAAGUCCGUGUUACAGGGCAUGCAGUCCCACUGUGAUUCCGUCUCCAAUUUGCUCGGCAUCGGCACUAUCCCAAGCGGCAGCACGGCAGCGGCAGUCGUCUAA